AUGGCUCCCCGCAAGGCUCUUAUCGCUAUCACCUCGGCACACGCCCCUCUCUACCCAGAGGGCAAGGAGACAGGUCUCUUCAUUACUGAAGCCUUGCACCCCUUCAAGGUCUUCAAGGAAGCAGGUUUCGAGGUUGAUCUUGUCUCCGAGACGGGUACUUACCAGCCCGACUGGCUCUCGGAGCAGAAGGAUUGGCUUCCUGAUGAGGAUCGAGCCAUCUGGGAGGACCACUCCAGUGAAUUCCGAUCCAAACUCGAUAACCUCCUGAAGCCAAGUGAUAUUUCCUACGCCGAUUAUGGCAUCUUCUUUGCCUCUGCAGGGCAUGCAUCAUUGAUUGACUAUCCCGAAGCAAAGGGUCUUCAGCAAAUUGCCUCUCAAAUGUACAACAAGGGCGGCAUCAUCUCAGCAGUUUGCCACGGAGGUGCAAUCUACCCCGGCAUCAUUGACCCCAGCACUGGCAAGUCUAUCAUUUCCGGCCGCAAGGUAACCGGCUUCACCAACAAGGGCGAAGAGGAGCAUGGUCUUCUCGACGUCAUCAAGAGCUGGAACCGGCCUACCAUCGAGGCUUCUGCUGCAUCUGUUGGCGCAACUUACAUCUCUCCCGCGGGACCCUGGGAUGCCUUCACAAUCACUGAUGGCCCAGUGGUCACUGGCGCCAAUCCCGCUAGUGCACAUGUCACUGCCGAGGCUGCUGUCAAGGCAUUUGACGCAGCGCAGUAA